CAUUGUUUUUGCUGAACUUGGUUUUUCCGAGACCCUCUCUCCUCAGAGGCUCAGUUUCACCCUGCCAUCAGCAGUCAGCCAGUUUCGGUGGCAGAAGGGGCCACAGCUGCUUCCUGUCAGCCCCCUGGGGCAGAAGCAUGCAGUGGUGUCUCCUCCUGAUCUGGGCCCAGGGGCUGAGGCAGGCUCCCCUCCCCACCUCAGGAGCUGUGACAGGCAGAAUAGUAACAAUGGGGAACAUUUCUGCAGAGGAAGGUGGCUCUGUCACCUUACAAUGUCACCUCUCCUCCACCACUGCCAAAGUGACCCAAGUCAACUGGAAGCAGCAAGACCAAGUUGUGGCCAUUCAUCAUGCCAGGUUGGGGUGGCAUAUCGAUCCUGCCUUCAGGGAGCGAGUGGUCCCGGACUCCAAUCUGGGCCUCACCCUCCAGUCACUGACCAGUAACGACACAGGAGAGUACACCUGCAUCUAUCACACCUACCCUGACGGGAUUUACAAAGGGACACUCUUUCUGCAAGUCCUACGACACUCAGUGGCUGAGUACAGCGCUGGGUUCCAGAUCCCAUUGCUUGGAGCCAUGGCCGCAGUGCUAGUGGUCAUCUGCACGGCAGUCAUCCUGGUGGCCACAUUGGCCAGAAAGAAAUCUCUCAGAAUCCGUUCUGCGGAAGGUGACCUUGGGAAGAGGCGGUCUGAACCCGAGGCGUCCAGGCCCAGGGUCGAGUCCUCCCCCGGCAGCUGUGUGCAGGCAGAUGCCGGCCUGUGCGGGGACGCGGGCGGAGAGGACCACGCCGAGGCCGAGCCGCAUGAGUACUUCAACGUCCUGAGCUACAGAAGCCUGGCCAGCUUCAGCUUCCCUACCGAGACGGGUUAGCGCCCGGGCAUCCUCCAGGAGACCCAGUGCGGUCUUUGUCGUCACAGAUGGACGUAUUGGCAUCUGAACCUCACGGUUCUGUGUGUAUGUAUGUGUGUGCAUGUGUGUGCGUGUGUGUUCUGUCAAGUGAAUGCAUGUCAUCCUCCUCUGUGUCUAUGUUUCCUCUACCGGUCCCUCCAGUUCCAUGGUGCAGACCCCAGUCAGGAGCUUGUGUUUGAUUACAAAUGUGAAGUUAGAAAACCGAACAAAGACCUGACCUGGUUUUGAAUUUGGCAGUGGGAGCAGAUCCUGUGGCUGAGAUCUGCAUCCCCUCUGAAAGCACUGGGCAGGGCUUAGGGCUAUAGGGCUUUGUGGUGGGUGAUGGUGGUGGGGUGACUGCAGAGAAACCUCAUUUCAUUUGUCACUGUCAUUUUCAUCAAUGUUCACACAGUGGAGGCAUGCUACCAGCUUCUAUUGGGCUUCCCAGAUGGUGCUAGUGGUAAAGAACUCACCUGCCAGUACAAGAGAUGUAAGAGACGUGGGUUAGAUCCCUGGGUUGGGAAGAUGCUCUGGAGGAGGGCAUGGCAACACACUCUAGUAUUCUUGCCUGGAGAAUCCCCAUGGACAGAGGAGCCUGGCACACUACAGUCCAUAGGGUCCCAAAGAGUUGAACACGUCUGAGCGACUUAGCACACAUGUACCUGCUUCUGUGCAGAUUGAAGGAUGAGUAAAUGCAGACUCCUUCAGAGUCCUAGCCCUGUAAGAACUCACAGUUAAGUCAGGAGACAACAUGUUCAUUAAAAGGUAGUGAGGAGAUAAGGGUCGAAGACACAGGCCUUUAGGAGGAAAUGUCAGUUCAGGAUGAGAUGGUCAGGAUAAGCUUUUCUGUGGGUAAGUGGCUUGGGAGGAUGUGGGGAACAGUGAGGCUGGGCUGGGAGAGCAAGAGUUUUGUCUAGGGAAGUCAUAGAUAGGAAAGUUGAGAGGUAAAAGUCCCACACAGAAGACCCUGGCACCAAGGGAGCAAGCAAGACUUCAGAGUUUAUUUUCUGGGCAGACUGUUCAAAUCUCCUUUUGCUGUAUGUACUCAGAGGCCAGUGAUGGCCGAAUACAGAGAACUCUAGGCUUUUCCAGCCAUAUGUGCUGGGGAAGCCUACAGAAAUGGUGCAUGUCCACUGCAGGAGCUAUAGUUUGAUACUUGGACUGUGAUCUACUUCUCUAUCAAUCUACCAUUGAGUCUUUGAAGAAAGAAUCUGUUUCCCACCAAAGAGGAAAUCUUAAUUUUUAAAAUAGAGACUCUUCCUAGAAAAACAAAAGAGGAUGAUAGCAGGUUUAAAAAAAUGAGCACCUCAAACUAGCUGCUUGGAACCCUUACAGUCAUGCCCUUACCUUUUUGUGCUGGGGUUGGAGUGGCAUCAGAGUGGCUCAUUUCUGGCAUUCAGGCUUUAUCCUCCCACCACCUCUCUUAGAAAAAGGAGGGAGGUUGGGUUUACAGGAGACAGAUUUUCUUUCAUGGGCCCAGGAACUGAGAGAAAAUGUGAACCUAGACUGUCCUUUGCCAGAAGAUCCCCUGGAGAAGGAAAUGGCAACCCACUCCAGUUCUCUUGUCUGGAAAAUCCCAUGGACAGAGGAGCCUGGUAGGCUAUGGUCCAAGGGGUCGCAAAGAGUCGGACACGACUGAGCAACUUUACUUUCACUUUCUUUUCACUUUCAAAAUAGAGCAUUGCCCUGCUCCCUCAGAAUCAGGCUGUUGAGGGAGAAGACAAUUCAACUCCUACUCCUCCUUGGAUUUUGAUUUUUCUCACUUCUGUAUCAAACAGGUAUGUAGUCAGGAGCAAUGAACUGAAAUAUGUCCAGAAUGCCAAGUCCUUUGGAAGAGAGAUAGACACUUAUAAAAAUGCUGCUUUUUGCCAUGGCAGUUCACAAUUUCUUUCUUGCAAGGCUAGUGCAGAUUGGUUGGGAGUAGAAGACAAUUCACAAUUCACAAAUGAACUAACAUAUAAUGACAAAAAGGGAGUGGUACUUUGAUUUGAAGAAGAUGCAAAUUUGGUUGAGGCCAGACCAAGAGAUGGAUGCCAUUUAACAUGACUAUGAUAGUUAUUUAACAUGAUUAGAUAGGGAAACAUUUCCAAAAGUCGUUUGGAUGGUACUAAAAAUACAAAGGGACCCAUAGAUGUUGCAAAUGGGUCAGGUUAUUAAAAUGAGAUUGAAUUAGACAAAAUAUAAAUCUGAAAGUAGAAUAUAAAUUCAAUAAUGAAGCAGAUUUUCUCUGGAGAACUGAGAAGAUAGUCCCCUAAAAGCCAUAUACCUGGAUACAUGCCUGUCCAGUACAGCAAUCACUCUCCAGGUGUGGCUCUCACAUGGCAUGUGGUUAGUCCUAUUGAGCUGGACUGUGCUAGAAGCAGAAAAUACACACCAGAUUGUGAAAACAAUGUGAAUAAUAGAAAUGUAAAUGGUCACAUGAUUAAUUGAAAAAUAUUGCUUACAUGUUGAAAUUAUAAUAUUUUGUAUAUAUUGUGUUAAAUAAAAUAUAUUAUUAAAAUGGA